CGGCGAGGGAGCGAGCCUGACGGACUGGGUUUCAGCUUCACUCAGAGACAAAAUGGCUUCCAGACCAGAGGAGGAUCUCUGCUGUCUGGUCUGUCAGGACGGCUUUAAGGAUCCGGUUGUUCUGUCAUGCAGCCACAGCUUCUGUAAGGAGUGUCUGAAGAACUGGUGGAGACAGAAACCAGCAGGAGAGUGUCCAGUUUGCAAGAGGAAAUCUUCAAGAGAGGAACCGACUUUAAAUCCGGCUCUGAAGACUCUGUGAAUCAUUCUUAGAGCAGAGAGAGCAAAAGCUUCAGAGAGUCUCUGCAGUCUGCACUCUGAGAAACUCAAACUCUUCUGUCUGGACCAUCAGCAGCCAGUUUGUCUCGUCUGCAGAGAUUCAGAAAAACACAUCAAGCACAGAUUCAGAGCCAUCGAUGAAGCUGCUCAGGAUCACAGAGAGAAUCUGAAAACAUCUCUGGAGCCUUUAAAGAAGAAACUGGAGCAGAAGAAGGAAGUUAAAGAGGAGUUUGAUCAGACAGCAGAACACAUGAUGGUCCAGGCCCGACACACAGAGAGGCAGAUUGUUGAGCAGUUUAAGAAGCUUCAUCAGUUUCUAGCAGAGGAAGAGGAGGCCAGGCUGGCUGCACUGAGGGAGGAAGAGGAGCAGAAGAGAGGGAUGAUGGAGGAGAAGAUGGCUCUGAGCAGAGAGAUAGCAGCUCUUUCAGACACAGUCAGAGCCACAGAGGAGGAGCUGAGAGCUGAAGACGUCUCAUUCCUGCACAACUACAAGGCUGCAGUGGAAAGAGUCCAGCGCUGCCCCCUGCUGGAGGAUCCACAGCUGCCCUCAGGAGCUCUGAUAGACCAGGCCAAACAUCUGGGCAACCUGGCCUUCAACAUCUGGAGCAACAUGAAGGACAUGGUGACCUACACUCCUCUGGUUCUGGACCCAAACACGGCGAAUCCAGAACUCCUGCUGUCUGAAGAUCUGAGCGUUGUGACAGCAGGACGGAGGCAGCAGCUGCCUGAUAAUCCGGAGCGGUUGGACGUUUGGUGGUCCGUUCUCGGCUCUCAGGGUUUUAACUCCGGGAUCCACAGCUGGGAUGUUGAUGUUGGAGACAGUGAGGUUUGGACUCUGGGUGUGUUAGCAGAAUCUGACCAGAGGAAGGGAAACUAACAGUCUGGAUUAUGGGGAUUGAUGUUGACAGAAAAUGGAUUAUCAGUUUGUUCUCCAGGUUCCUCCUCAGAUCUAUCAGCCCAGAAAAAGAUCCACAGGAUUCGAGUAGGAUCUGGACUGGGAUGGAGGAAAGCUGCACACACACACACACCUUCACACACACCUUCACACACACCUUCACACAUACCUUCACUGACCGAAUGUUUCCUUAUAUUUACACUCUGGAUGAAGUAAAAAUCUCACAGAUGAAGAUCUGAGAUAAAACAAACUUUAAAAUCUGAUCAUCUGCUUGUUUCUGGUUCACUCAUCCCAGUAUUUUAAAAUAACAAACUUAUCAGACAAAUUUGGUUAAAUUCAUUCACGUACGAUGUAGUUUAUGUCCGUCUGGUCUACAUAUUCAGGAUAAUAAAGUGUUUUUCUUUCAUUCA